CCUAGGGGCGGGGGCAGGGCUCCGAGCCUGGCAGGGAGGGUGGCGCGGAAGGAAGGCGCUGGGGCGGGAGGCUGGCGCCUCAGCGGGGCCGGGCCGGGUCUCUGGCCAGCAGUCCCGACUGCAGCGGCGGCGCGGCAGGCAGGGCCCGGGUGGUGGCGCUGCGCGGAGGCCUAGAGCUCGCGAGCUCGCCCAGGCUCCGCUAGAGAGGGCCCCUAAGCUGGGAGUCGAGCCAUGUCCAAGGCCUGAGGGGCAGCGAGUGCCGCGGGCCCCUGCCGCCCGCACCGUAAGCGCCCACCCCGAGCGGCCGGGGGAGAAAGGAGGCGGCCGGGGGAGGCCGGGCCGCUCCCCAGGAAGAUGAGGCGGAGGCCCGGGGAGCGGAGCAGGUUGAGCGGCGGCUCCUUCCUCGCAGCCGCCAGGACAAGAUGGCCGGGGCGGCGGCAGGCAGCUCACCCCGGGCUGGGAGGCCCCUUCCCGUGACUCUCCUGGCCAUGCCCAGGGCGGCAGCGGCGGCUCCGACACUAGCGCUGCCCGACCUGUGAAGGUAUGGCCUCACAAGUCUUGGUCUAUCCACCAUAUGUUUAUCAAACCCAGUCAAGUGCCUUUUGUAGUGUGAAGAAACUCAAAGUAGAGCCAAGCAGUUGUGUGUACCACGAAAGAAUCUACCCACGGAUUUAUGUGACUGGUAAAAACUUUGGAAUUGCUCAUUCUCCCAGCAGGAUUAGUACUUGUUUUCAGACUAAGAACCGAUUUGACAGACCUCGAGGACAGAACUUUUUGUUGCAGACCAGUGCUGUUGCUUUAAAAAAUACUGUAGGUGCUACAAAUGUAUUAGCAGCGCUGGCACAACAACCUCAAGUUGAGGCACCUCAGACUGGUACACAGGGAACCAGGUUAGAUUUACUGGAUGGAUCCCAGCGAUGUGGAUUGAAACGUAAGAGUGAAGAGUUGAAUAAUCAAAACGCGAUGCAGAUCGUUGAUGAACUGUCUGUAUUACCUGCAAUGUUGCAAGCAAAUAUGGGAAAUCCAGUGACGGUUGUGACAACUACUGCAACUUCAAAACAAAGUAGUACCAGUGGAGAUGGAGAUUAUCAGUUAGUACAGCAUGAGGUGUUAUGUUCAGUGAAAAAUACUUAUGAGGUGCUGGAUUUCCUUGGGCGAGGGACCUUUGGACAAGUAGUAAAAUGUUGGACAAGAGGGACAAAUGAGAUUGUUGCAAUCAAAAUUCUGAAGAAUCAUCCUUCUUAUGCACGCCAAGGGCAAAUAGAAGUGAGCAUAUUAGCAAGACUAAGUACUGAAAAUGCUGAUGAGUUUAAUUUUGUGAGAGCGUAUGAAUGCUUUCAGCAUCAUAACCAUACUUGCUUGGUAUUUGAGAUGUUGGAACAGAAUUUAUAUGACUUUCUGAAGCAAAACAAAUUCAGCCCUCUACAGCUAAAAGUAAUACGGCCUAUUCUGCAACAGGUGGCCACUGCACUGAAAAAACUAAAAAGUCUUGGUUUAAUCCAUGCUGACCUCAAACCAGAGAACAUUAUGUUGGUGGAUCCUGUCCGGCAGCCAUACCGGGUUAAAGUAAUAGACUUUGGGUCUGCCAGCCAUGUAUCAAAGACUGUUUGUUCAACCUAUUUGCAGUCUCGGUAUUACAGAGCACCGGAGAUUAUAUUGGGGUUACCGUUUUGUGAAGCCAUAGACAUGUGGUCUCUGGGAUGUGUGAUUGCAGAGCUGUUCCUUGGGUGGCCGCUGUAUCCAGGCGCGCUGGAAUACGACCAGAUUCGUUACAUUUCACAGACUCAAGGUUUGCCUGGAGAGCAGUUGUUGAAUAUGGGAACAAAAACUGCAAGAUUUUUCUGUAGAGAAACAGAUGUACCAUAUUCUGGUUGGAGGUUAAAGACACUAGAAGAGCAUGAGACAGAGACAGGAAUGAAGUCUAAAGAGGCCAGAAAGUAUAUUUUCAACAGUUUGGAUGAUGUAGUGCAUGUGAACAUGGUGAUGGAUUUGGAAGGAAGUGACCUAUUGGCAGAGAAGGCAGAUAGAAAAGAAUUUGUGAGUCUGUUGAAGAAAAUGUUGCUGAUUGAUGCUGAUUUAAGAAUUACUCCAGCUGAGACACUGAACCAUCCGUUUGUUACCAUGAAGCAUCUCCUAGAUUUUCCACAUAGCAACCAAGUGAAGUCUUGUUUUCAUAUCAUGGAUGUCUGCAAAUACAGAUCUAACUCGUAUGACAUAAGUAAUUGCAAUAAAACACCGUUUAUGAGACCAGUUGCCUCAGGUAGUGCUGCUAAUUUGACUGCAAACUUCACCAAAAUUGGCACAGUGAGGAGUCAGGCAUUAACUGCAUCUGCCCAUUCAGUUUUACAUCAUGGAAUACCACUGCAGGCAGGAACUGCUCAGUUUGGUUGUAAUGAUGCUUUUCAACAGGCACUGAUUAUAUGCCCCCCACCCAUCCAAGGAAUUCCUACAAACCAUUGUAAGCCUACUGGUUACUCACUGAGGAUAGAUAAUACGGUUCCAUUGGUGACACAAGCCCCUGCCAUACAGCCACUACAGAUCCGAGCAGGAAUCUUUUCUCAGCCAUGGUCUAAUCGAACUCAGCAAAUAUUGGUUCCUGCUUGGCAACAAGUAACACCUGUGGCGGCUCCUACUUCAACACUAGCCUCUGAUGCUGUGGCUGGUCCACAGAGAUUUGGAGACUGGGGGAAAAUGAUUCCUCAUGGCAGCCAUUACAAUACAGUGAUGCCACAGCCUCUCUUAACCAAUCAAAUAACUUUGUCUGCCACUCAGCCGAUUAGUGUGGGCAUUGCACAUGUAGUCUGGCCACAGCCUGCAGCUACCAAGAGAAAUAAACUGUGCCAGAACAGGAGUAAUGUGUUACAAAAUACCAAUAUCCAAAAUUCAGCAUUUAUAUCUCCAAAGAUAAUUAAUCUGAAGGCUGUCAGGAGAGUAAAUUGUAUAGAAGCACAGGACAAUCAUAAUUCAGGAGGACAGCAAAGGAAUUGUUGCAAAACAUCUGUCAGGCAGGAUCUUGAUUCAUCUGUUUCAAACAAACAGCGCCAGGCUAUCGUCAUUGCAGAGUCCCCAAGUCCUGCAGUCAGCGUGAUCACCAUCAGUAGUGACACAGAUGAAGACGACGCAGGACAAAGGCAUUCACUAAAAAAAUGUAAAGGUAACCUAGAUUGUGAAGCUUGCCAGAGCACUAUGAAUAUUGACCAAGUGUGUUCAUUAAGCAGCCCUGACAGCACUUUGAGCACCAGUUCCUCUGGCCAGUCUAGUCCAUCUCCUUGCAAGAGACCCAACAGCAUGUCAGAUGAUGAACAAGAGAGUGAUUGUGAUACUGUGGAUGGUUCCCCAACUUCAGACUCCUCAGGACAUGGCAGUCCAUUUGUAGAAAGCAGUUUUGAAGACAACCACAAUCAAAAUACAGAAACCAGAAACUCAGUUAACCCUGAAACCAAACCUGUGGUCUGCGCUGUUGUGGUGCCACCAAUGAGAGUAGAAAACAGAUUAAAUGUAGAUGAGCACAUGGCAAAUACAGAUGAUGCAUGCCAGCCACUGAUAAAAGGACGAUCUGUCCCUGGAAAAAUAAACCAGCUGCCUGCUAUGGGUAACCGUCAGCAAAAAAUGACAUCCGCAUUCCAUCAGCAACCUGUACAUUUCAGCCAGGUUCAGCACUUUGGAUCUGGGCCUCAGGAGUGGAAUGGAAACUACAGUCAUCGAAGACAGCAGACAUACAUUCCAGCUGGUGUUGCCAGUCAUCCAUUCUCCCUUCCACAGGGAAGUCCAAAUCACACUACGCUGCAUGCACAUUUAGCUGGAAGCACGCACCUUGGAGGACAGCCUGCUAUUCUUCCAUAUCCAUCAUCUGCACCCCUAAGUACUGCGGCACCUGUAGCCCACCUCUUAGCUUCAUCAUGUACCUCAAGACCUAUAUUACAGCAUCCAACCUACAACAUCUCUCAUCACAGUGGUAUAGUUCAAGUCCCGGUGGGCAUAAAUCCCCGGCUUUUACCUUCCCCAACCAUUCAUCAGACUCAAUACAAACCUAUUUUCCCGCCACAUUCUUACAUUGCAGCAUCACCAGCUUACACAGGAUUUCCCCUGAGUCCAACCAAACUCAGCCAGUAUCCAUUUAUGUGAGAACUCAAGUACAGUAUGUAGAGGAAGCUCAAUGAUGCAACCAUUUGAUUUGAGAAGAAACAUGGUCUUGAAUAAAUAUUAGCCAUGGCACAACAAGAGAAUUAUUUUUUGAGUCAUGUAGACUUGGGUGCAAUUUCAACAACUUUGAGCUUUAAAUAACAAAACAAAACUCACUUUUAAUGUGUUUUGCACAUUUGGUAUAACUUGUAUCUUUGGUCAUGUUUAUCUUCUUAUAUAGUAACUCCAGACAGGUGACUUACUGGAGCAGAAAUCCAGUUUUGCUCCUGCUAUUUUUUAUAAAAUUGCCUUCUAACUAGUGCAAGACACAUCUACAUUUGGGAAGCCAUUCAGUGCACAGAUUUAGAACAACAGAUGCACAUAUGUCAGCAGUACAGUGUACAAGUAAAAUGUUUGUAUUAUGUAUCUCGAUGUUUAAAUGUUCAGUCACUUAUCUAAAAAGUUGAGCUGUUCUUCACAUUGCAUGUGUCUUUUGCAUGGGCAAAGAAGAGUUGCCUAGACAUUGCUCUUAAAUGUUGUUGUCCUAAUAAUCUCAGCUGCAUUGUAAACCGUUCCCACACAUAGUGCCUUAAAUAUUUGAGGUUGUUAAUGUUAUUAGUUAUAUAUACAUGUUUGAGGACUGCAGCACUUAAAAUUUAGAUCUCUGAUUUUUGAUAGAGUAACGCUCAUUUGGAGUUUUGUGUGGUAUGAUUUUAGUAUUGGUGUUUUUCCUUGUCAAAGGGGCAGCAUGUUUGCUGUAGCUGAAUUUUGCUAUCUGAUUUUUUCAGAAUGAUCUAGCUUCAACUGAAGAAUUUAGUAGUGCUUAAGAAAAGUUGAUUCAGUAGCUUUUAGUGACAAACACGAGACAGUAUUUUAUACUGUUAAAUGGAACUGAAAUACAAUCUAAGUAAUAUAUUUUCAAAGUGUUUAUGUCUAAUUGGAUUUAAUAACAUGUUUAAGGGUGCAGUAGGCAUGACUUUGACUAGAUUAUGAAAGAAAAAGCAAAAUGCUCAUUGAUUCAUGAUGUGAUUUCAUCUUUGCUUGAGCAAACCAUGCAGUAUUUAAUAAGUAGUAACAGAAUAUUUAUUAUUGAAGCUUGAAAAGAUGUGAGUUCUUUGUGUGCAGUUUUUCAUUUAUGCACGGGAGAGAUAUUAGCCUUUUUCAUUAUAGUAUUUGUUUUAGCUUGCUGGGGUGUUUGCUUAUUUAAUACAUUCCGUCAGGGACGUAAAUUACAUGCUUUUUGGGGUUUUUUUCUAGAAAGUUUGUCUUUUUUGUUUUGUUUUUGUUCAAAUGAAGUUGUUUUUGCAGCACCAAAGACUUAAUCAUCCAUUUCCUAUAAAAGGUAGCUACUUUUUUCAUAGACCUCAAGUAUACUGUAGUGUAGAGAUGGGAUUUAAAGAAGGUAUUAAAGAGGCUGUGUGUUAGCUUAUGGGCAAGUAAUAAAUUGUAUCAUUUAUCUUGAAUGUAUCAUAGAUAAGCUGCUAUAUCAUGAUUGCCACUUCAGAUAGCUGUGAAAUUAGGUGAUUAAGUAGUUCUUUCUUAGCCUUCUAAUUUCCGUAUAAGUCUAAUUACAUGAAAUAGAAGUGGGUUUUUUAAAUUUUUAUUUUGCUUUUAUGUUUGGAGUGUUGUAACUACUAUAAUGUGUAAAUGAUGGAAAUUAAUUGAAUAUGUUAUUUUGGGGUGUUUGCACCAGUAUUUUAUCUCCAUUUACUUUGGGCUCAUCACUGCAUAUAAGUGGAUGUAUGUAUGUAACUUAAUUUUUUUAUGUUUUAAUAUUGGCAUUGUGUAGACAUUUAAGAAUCUGUAUCUUGCAGGCUUGACUUAACUUUUUUUUAAACAAAAUAUUCUGGAAUAUAAUAUUUGCAGCAUUGACUGGAAUAAGAGUGCUAAGCAUUUAUGUUUAACUCUGUCAAUAAGCUAAUAACUGGUAGACUUUUUCUUUACUCCAUUAACAUAAGCAGUGUUUUAUUUAAUGAAUGUCCAAAUGAAAUAACUGUGCCUAUAUUUGAUAUUUUUUGAAUAACAAAAACUGAAAUACAACAGUGUUACAUCAUAAACCAAUACCAGCAGUACAUUUUUAAUCACACUGAAAAAGAAAUUAAUUUUCCCACAAGAUUCAGUGUUUUUAGUAAUCAACUCUAUGCAUUUUGUACAAAUAUAAAUGUAUAUAUACAGUAUACAUUAGAAACUAGGAGUAGCCUGAUUCAUUUGAAAUCUUUUCAGCACAUAUAUAAAGUCUAAAUAUAUGGAGUCAAGAAAAUACUCAAGUAAAUUCAUCUUAUAAACACUUCAGACGUGUAUUAUCUGUUCUAGCAGAUUCCUAUCCUCUGUUAAUACCUUGGUGUUGGGAAUGAGUUCUCUUGGUGUUAUCUUAUUGCAGGCAAUGGACAUACCAAGAACCACCAGCACAAAAGGAUUAAUUGACUUUUGUAUUGUAACAACAAUUACUGUGUUCUCUUUAUUUGGGGCCAUGGGAAUCUCCAUUACUCUAAUGUAUUUACUAUACUCGUUACUGUACGUAGGAUGUAAAGCUAAUAUACUUGUUAAAUUGACACGUUUUCCUGUAGGUCACAAGAUUAUCCUAUAAAUUCACAAGAAAAAUGUAACUGUAAGUGUGCCCCAAAUUAAACCUGCUGCUGUUUAUAUUUUGUAACAAUAGAAAUGAGUUUGAAUUUCAAAGAACAAAAUGUUUAGGAUUCUGCCACAACCUAAAUUCUGAAUAAUGAAUGAUUCUGGUAUUGAUCCUGCAAUGAGCUCCAUGAAAGUGGACUCCUGCACCCAUGUGGAGUCAAGUUGACUUCAGUGAGACUUUACACAGAUGCCAACGGUCCAUCUGUGUAGAACUGCUUUCAGGAUUGGCACCUAAAUCUGUGGAAACAGUCAUCUCUCAUCAGUGAAGUGCAUACACAUCAGAUAGUUUUAAUGCCUUUUUUAAAUAAAACACUGCAGGACUACAGAAGUGCAUAUUUGCAUAUUAUUUUAAUUUGCAAAUUAUUUUAUAUGAAUUUAUUAUAUUCAGUUUUUAACUGUAAUUCAGGGUGUUUUAGUAAUCAGAUAUUCUACUGUAUUAACUAAUUCUUUUGAUUUAAAUUUUUAAAUGUUUCUGCAUUUGUAAUUUUAACUUGGUUUGUGUUAAGUAAAAGUUAACUCACACUGCAAGCUGUAGGAUGAUUGUUCUAAAAAUACCCAAGGAUAUAGACUUGAUUAUUAUGUUUGAAUUGUUAUUGUCUAACAAUUUGUAGACUUUGACUUUUUUUUGGUUUGGGUUUUUUGUUUUUGUUUUUGUUUGUUUGUUUUGCUUUUUGGUUUCUAUGCUACACUAGUUUGCCAUGUAGCAAUUGCACUGUGCAAUAUUACAAUACGAGGACUGGGAAAAAUUUUUAUGGAUGUAAUGUCUCUUACAGUUUGCGAUAGUAUUUCUCUCUAGUUCUCAGUGAUUUAAAUGUGACCAAGCCUUCUGUACUUUGUCACACAAAGCGGGUUUUCAAGGUGACUAUUUUGGUGAGUGUCAAAAUAAGAAUUUAUGGUGUAUUACUGUUGAGAUUCACUUUGAAUUAAAAUAUAUAUUG